AUGGUUCCCUUGACAGCCACUACGAGCAAGGUCGAAAAUGAAGUAUAUCGGCAUAAGGAUGCAACUAAUGAGGAGUUCGAGAAUAUCAAUGCAUUCUACAGACAGGUGCUAGAUGAGGAUAAGGAACUUUGUGUUGGAACGCAGGAGAAUCUGAAUGGUGGUCUCUUUACGAAUGGAGAGCUUCAUCCGAGCAAAGAGAAGGUAUUAUCUCUGUAUCCCUGCUCCUUUCAAAUUGCAACUAACGGAUUACAGGGCCCAAUUCAUUUCCAGAAUAGUGUCCGGGAGAUGGUUAUGGAGCAUCGGAAGAAAGAGGAGCAACAAGGAGGCCAGGAGAUUUGGCCUGCGGUCCCUAAAGCUGUCGAGGGCAUGACACAGAAGCUCGCCGAGGAAGAGCAAUUUUGCUCUCAAUUAGAAGCUGCAAGUUGUAAGAACAUACCGGAGCUCGCAUGGUAA